AUGGUCAUUUUAAACGGUCACCUGAAUAGUAGCACCAUGGACAGUUCCACUACCGACAGCAUCGCCGCUGAUGUUUUACGAGCCCCGCGAGCUCUGAAAGAUCUUCCGGAAUUCAGCAGGACUAGUCACACAAUAGUGGCAGUUUGUCUCGGAAUUAUUUUUGUCCUUGGCUUCUUAGGAAACUUUUGUGUACUUGUCAUUUUUGCGCGUUUUCAGGUCCUUUGGACGCCAAUUAAUCUCCUUUUGGUUAACAUUUGCGUGAGUGACAUGCUAGUGUGCAUAUUCGGCACUCCUUUCAGUUUUGCCGCCAGUAUCUACGGGAGAUGGCUCAUAGGCAUUCCUGGCUGUAAAUGGUAUGGCUUUGCCAAUUCAUUCUUUGGAAUCGUGUCCCUGGUGUCCUUCGCCACGCUGUCCUGGGAGCGCUACUCCACCAUGCUGUGCUGCUCCAAAGCGGACGUGUCUGAUUACCGCAAGGCCUGGCUGUCCAUCGGCGGCUGCUGGCUCUACUCGCUGGCCUGGACGCUACCUCCUCUCCUUGGCUGGAGCAGCUAUGGCCCCGAGGGGCCCGGCACCACCUGCUCCGUCCAGUGGCACCAGCGGUCGCCGGCCAACAUGGCCUAUGUCUCCUGCCUGUUCGUCUUCUGCCUGCUGAUCCCCCUGUUGCUCAUGGUCUUCUGCUACGGACGCAUCCUGCUGGCCAUACACGGGACAGCACGGAUCAACCCAACGUCGGCGCAGCGCCGCGAGACACACGUGCUGCUGAUGGUGCUGUCCAUGCUGUUCUGCUACCUGUUGUGCUGGAUGCCGUACGGCGUGGUGGCACUGGUGGCCACCUUUGGCAGUGACGCCACGCUCAACCCCACCACCAGCAUCAUCCCCUCCAUCCUGGCCAAGAGCAGCACCGUGCUCAACCCCAUCGUAUACGUGCUGUUUAAUAACCAGUUCUACCGAUGCUUCAUGGCACUGGUGCAGUGUGGGCCCAGCAGUGGGACCCACAGCUAUCUGCACACCCUCCAGAGCAGCCCAGCCCUGGCAGCCGGACACCCCAACGGCCUGCCCCUGAGUCCCCGCUGCACCCUCUCCAGCGUCCCCAACUCCCCCGCACGCCUGGAGGAGAAAACCCAGGCGCCUGCCAAUGACCGGCAUCAACAUCAUCAGCCGUGCCAGACGCAGAGGGACACGCACUCUCUGGUGCUGGUGGUACACUGUGUGCCAUAA